GCCGGCACCGCUCCGCGCCCUCACUCCCCUCCCGGCCGCCCCGCAGCGCGGGGUCGGGGGCGCCGGCGGGGGCAAGCAGGCCGAAGCGGGGACGCCCCGGCCCGAGCUCCCUGACACCCCGCGCCCUGACAGCCCCGUCCCUCAGGCUCCCGGCACGGACCGGAGUCUGCGGGUGGGGGAACCUCCGGUGCUGCUGCUGGGGGAGCUGCCGCAGCAAGGCCCUGGGGUAAAGCUUGUGGUAAAGCUGUUCCCGGAGGGGCCUCUCCAGUGCCCUGUGCCAGUUACUCUGACCACAGACUUCGUUUCCUUCUUCAGAAGGAGUGGUACUGAGGUAACAUCUGAACACAUCUAGGUGGUGCUUUAGGAAAAGUGACAAAGAGCAGCCGGGAUGUUUCUCCGAUUGCUGUCCGAUAUCCAGUGGAGGGCAGCUCACCCGAAAUGGAGGAGGAUGACCAGCUCCCAGCGAAGUACCUCCACCACAGCAGAGCCUCACCCGGUUUCCGUGCCAGCACAGGCACAGGUUGUCAUCUGUGGUGGUGGAAUCAUGGGCACCUCUGUGGCCUAUCACCUUUCCAAGAUGGGCUUUAAGGAUAUAGUCUUACUUGAGCAGGGCAGGUUGGCUGCUGGCACCACUCGCUUCUGUGCUGGCAUUGUGAGCACAGCCAGGCCUGUGUCCAUAGAGCUGAAGAUGGCACAUUAUUCAAACAAGCUCUACCAGCAGCUGGAACAGGAGACAGGAGUGCAAACAGGGUACAUGAAGACAGGCUCUAUUUCACUGGCUCAGACUCAGGACCGACUGAUCUCUCUGAAGCGCAUUGCUUCAUCGCUGAAUGUAAUGGGAAUACCAUGUGAAAUUAUCAGCCCAAAGAAAGUGUUACAGCUCCACCCAAUGAUCAACAUCCAUGACCUUGUGGGGGCCAUGUAUGUGCCAGAAGAUGCACUCGUGUCGUCUGCCAAUGUGAGUCUGGCUCUGGCAACUGCUGCCUCACGGAAUGGUGUCCAGAUUCAUGAGCGGACGAGUGUCAGUCAUGUCACAAUCCAGAAGGGCCGAGUGACUGGAGUUGAGACUGACAGAGGGCGGAUUCAAUGCGAGUACUUUGUCAACUGUGCUGGCCAGUGGGCCUAUGAGUUGGGCCACUCUGGGGAGGAACCAGUCCAUAUCCCAGUCCAUGCCUGUGAACACUUCUACCUCCUGACACAUCCUUUGCAGGAGCCUCUGUCGAGCAGCUUACCAACUAUUGUUGACCCCGAUGGCAGGAUCUACAUACGCAACUGGCAGGGCGGCAUCCUCUCAGGAGGCUUUGAGAAAAACCCCAAGCCUCUCUUCACGGAGGGACGGAACCAGCUGGAGAUCCAGAACCUCCAAGAAGACUGGGAUCAUUUUGGGCCCCUUCUGAGUGCCCUCCUGCGCAGGAUGCCGGGUUUGGAGGCUCUGCAGAUCAUGCAGUUGGUGAAUUGCCCAGAGUCCUUCACCCCAGACAUGCGAUGCAUCAUGGGAGAGUCGCCCACUGCACGAGGCUACUUCGUUCUGGCUGGCAUGAACUCAGCUGGCAUCUCCUAUGGUGGGGGAGCAGGCAAGUACCUGGCAGAGUGGAUAGUAAAUGGGUAUCCGUCAGAAAAUGUCUGGCCCUUGGAUCUGAAACGUUUUGGAACCCUUCAGAGCAGUCGCACUUUCCUCCGUCACCGUGUGAUGGAAGUCAUGCCCCUCAUGUAUGAUCUGAAAGUUCCCCGCUGGGACUUCCAGACUGGCAGGCAGCUGCGCACUUCACCGCUGUACGACCGCCUGGAUGCACAGGGAGCCAGGUGGAUGGAGAAGCAUGGAUUUGAGAGAGUCAAGUAUUUUGUCCCACCUGGGAGUGAUCUGCUGGAUUUGGAUCACAGCAAAACCUUUUACAAACCAGACUGGUUUGAUAUUGUGGGUUCUGAAGUCAAGUGCUGUAAGGAAGCAGUUUGUGUUAUUGACAUGUCGUCUUUUACCAAGUUUGAAAUAAGUUCCACCGGAGACCAGGCCCUGGAGAGUCUGCAGUAUCUCUUCUCAAAUGACCUGGAUGUGCCAGUUGGGCAUGUUGUGCAUACAGGAAUGCUUAAUGAGAAAGGAGGGUAUGAGAAUGACUGCAGCAUAGCCCGGCUCAGCAAGCGCAGCUUCUUCAUGAUUUCCCCUACUGACCAACAAGUUCAUUGCUGGACCUGGCUGAAGAACCGCCUGCCUGAUGACAGCAACCUGGUCCUAGAGGAUGUGACCUGGAAGUACACAGCUCUCAAUCUGAUUGGUCCCCGUGCUGUGGAUGUCUUGUCAGAGUUAUCCUAUGCCCCGAUGACUGCAGAACACUUCCCCUCUCUCUUUUGCAAGGAGAUGAGCGUGGGCUAUGCUAAUGGCAUCCGUGUCAUGAGUAUCACUCACACAGGAGAACCUGGCUUCGUGCUUUAUAUCCCCAUAGAGUACGCCCUUCACGUGUACAACGAGGUGAUGAACAUGGGGCAGAAGUACGGCAUUCGGAAUGCCGGUUACUACGCACUCCGCAGCCUGCGCAUUGAGAAGUUCUUUGCCUUCUGGGGCCAGGAUCUGGAUGCUUUUACCACUCCUAUGGAGUGUGGACGCGAGUUCCAGGUCAAGCUGGAUAAGGGAAUGGAGUUUCUUGGCCAGGACGUGCUGCUGGAACAGAAGCAGAACGGGGUGUACAAGCGCUUUACCAUGUUCAUUCUCGAGGACCAUGACACGGAUAUGGACCUCUGGCCCUGGUGGGGGGAGCCCAUUUUCCGCAACGGCCGCUACGUGGGCAAGACCACCAGCAGUGCCUACAGCUACACCCUGGAGCGCCACGUCUGCCUCGGCUACGUGCACCACUUCGACGAGCAGACGGGCGAGGAGCUGGUGGUGACGACUGACUUCAUCAACCAGGGAGAGUACGAGAUCGACAUUGCUGGGCAGCGCUUCCAGGCCAAAGCCAAGCUCUACCCCUUCAGCUCCCUCUUCGCACAGCGGCGCCGCAAGGAUGAGGUGGAACUGAGUGGCUACCAGAGGGAGUAAUGCUGUGUAGACUAGACCUGCCCCUUGUCCCAAGCUGGAGUCUUCUCCCACCAUCUUCCAGCCCUUUCUCCUCACCUUAUAUAUUUCUUUCUUUUCCUUUCUUGUCCUGCAACUUUUAAACUUUUUCCAGUGUGUUACAUUUUGUAAAUUUUAAAACUUUAAUUUUCAAGCUUU